GCUCCCACAAUGCAUUGCUUGUUGCCAACGACCGAGAAGUGAAACACGGCGAGUCAAUUUUUUGGUGCUGAAAAACGUGCGUUUUGACCGGGAAUUAUCAAAUAAUUUGACAAAAAUGGAAGAGUACCAGACAGCUGAGGAGACUUCGUUUGUGGUGGAUGAAGUCAGCAAUAUCAUCAAGGAGGCUGUGGAAGGCACGAUAGGCGGCAACGCCUACCAACACAACAAGAUCAACCAGUGGACGUCCAAUGUGGUAGAACAGUGCCUGAACCAGCUCACCAAAUUGGGCAAACCGUUCAAAUACAUUGUGACGUGCGUGAUCAUGCAGAAGAACGGAGCCGGUCUGCACACUGCGAGUUCAUGCUACUGGGACAACAUGAGUGACGGCAGCUGCACUGUCAGAUGGGAAAACAAGACCAUGUACUGCAUCGUCAGCGUCUUCGGCCUCAGCAUCUGAUUGCAUUCCUCCUUAUAAACAAAAACCAUGUAAAUAUUCAUGAGGGUUGGAGGUCGGGUCAGGGGUCAUCUUUGAAUGAGUCGAAGUACGUUUUCCCUGUCGAGUUUAUUGCAUGCUUGUAAUGUGAAUGGGAUGUUUUUGAAAAAGGUGGCAUUAACCGUACUAUGGAAUUUACUCAAAUAUAGGGACAUAGGAUUGGUUGACAAUGGGUUCAUAUAACCCAUAUCCUGGGAUUGUAAAUGUUAAUGUUAUGCUGUCCGUUGACUUCCAGCUAUGGCACAUUUCCCUUUGUGUUUUUGACUGUUCUCAUAUUUAUUCGCAACUGUAAUGAUAAAACACGCUACUUUCAUUUGCCUACAUUGUAGUAGUCUUGAUUGUUCAUAAAAAUUAACCCAUUUUUUUUUACAUUUAUCCUUUUUUAUUUGAUUAAUUUGCAAUACUACCCCAUUGAAUUUUUCCGUCCACCACACUUUACACUUUAACUAGAACUAAAAAGCAGAAAGGUUCCAAAAUAAUGUUCUUUUAAGUUGAGAAUUCAAUUUUAUUUCUGACCUUAAAUCAUAACAUUGUCAUCAUUUCAUUCCAUUGUAAAAGCGUGCAUGACAACUAAAAAAAAAGGUUUUGUAAAUUUG